AUGGUGGCUGUUUCAGUAAUUUGGUUUUUCACCAAACGUAUGCCUAGAGUAUUUGCUUUGAUUUUCAACUUGGUUUCAAUAUUUCUUUUGAUCUUUCUUUUAAUCGGCUGCUAUAAUUCCUCAAAUCAAUCAACCUUCUUAGUCAAAUAUACAUUUGAUGGCAACUCACCCUUUUAUUCAAUCAUAGAAAAGUCAUAUGAAAAAUCAAACACGACAUUAGGUCUGGAGAAAGUAAUUAUAAGAUCUGGUUACAUGGGUGUCUGCAUCGACAACAUCCCCUCCCAAUAUAGUGCAUAUAAUAACAUGGUGACAUUUUCCAAUACGAUUUGUUAUCCAAGAAAGGAUUUAAGCUCUGUUCCUUUGUAUAAAGAUUUGGAGAUUCAACUAUCCAAUAUUGCAUCUUCCAGUUCUAAAACUCAGUCAAGUGUUGUUCUAAACAUUUUGAAAUUGGCUCAACUAACAUCCGUUAACGUUGUACAUCCAUACGUUUUGAUGGCAUCUGUAAUCUUAACGAUCCUAAUGUUUUUAUUCAUUCUAUACGCAGUCGUCCCCAAACUACCAUUCAAACUUGCUGUUAAUAAAUUUCUUUUGUUGCUGAGCCCAGUUUUGGUUUUGAUUUGGGGAAUUGGUGCUAUCUGGACACAUGUGGGUAUAAAUGCCAGUUAUAGAUUAAUUCCCUCUGCAAGCAUGAAUAUAAUUUCUGUAAAGAAAGGUAAGAAAGCAGCGACAAUGGCUUGGUUUAGUUUUGCAUUUCUGCUAAUAGACAGCAUUAUUCUAUGGCUAAUAUUUCUGAGGGACAGAAAAAGCUUGAAGGAUGAAAUCGAUAACGUCCCAUGCGCACAGAAUAGAUAUAACAACUAUUCCUCGGAUUCAUCCACAUUACAAUCUAAGGUAUAG